CCUUUUUGUCUUCCUUCCCCCAUCAACAACCAAGCACAGGUAGAGAGAGAGAGAGAGAGAGAGAGAGAGAGAGAGAGAGAGUGAGUGAAUGGAGAGGUCAGAGAACAACGCUCCAUCCGAAUCAGCGGAGCUGAUACUUCCCCGCAUCAAUCCCAAUCCCAAUCCCAACACCAACAACAACCCUAAUUCUUCAUCUUCUUUGUCAUCACAGUCGCAACAACGAGGUCCUCAGUGGCCAACAAUUGAUGGGCCGCUGGGUCUAUCGGAGGAAGCUUCGAUAGGAUACGCUCGUAGGUUCUUCAAGUUCGGCUUCUUCGUUAUGCCCUUCCUUUGGGCCCUCAAUUGCCUUUACUUCUGGCCUGUCCUCCGCCACUCCCGUUCCUUUCCCCAAUUUCGCCACUAUGUGGUUGGAUCAGCAGUAGGUUUCGUGGUGUUCACAGCUCUGCUCUCAUCAUGGGCCCUUACAUUUGCCAUUGGAGGGGAGCGCCUCUUCGGCCAUGUAUGGAAUGAUUUAGUAAUGUACAAUGUUGCUGAAAGGUUUGGAUUGACAGGUUGGAUCUAGUAGUUGCAUGCAUGCCCUUCUUCUUGUUUAUCUGCCGUUGUUAACAUUUUUAACACAAACACAGAGACUCCUUGGCACUGAACCAAUUGUAGUUAAUAGCUUAAUAUUCUCCCUAUUUUUCUGUGUUUUGACUGUUGAAAAUGAUGUUCCAUGACAUGAACUCAUUCUCUCUCUUGAUAAAUUAUAAAUAUCAAAAGGGGAGCAUUUUUCAUCAUUAGGAGUACAGGACAGCCAAACUAGAUGAGAACUGAUUUUCUGAGUUUUGAUUGUUGAUUAUUUGGUCAUCUAACCUUUGUGGAAAAAUGAUAGAUCCAUGCAGGCUAUAUGGUGGAUCUAAUUUGAUAAAA